AUGUUUUCUCUUGAAGGCCACACGGCGCUGGUGACGGGCGGCACGCGGGGCAUUGGCCAGGCUGUUGCUAUUGCGCUCGCCGAGGCCGGAGCCGACAUUCUACUCGUCCAGCGCGACCCCUCCUCAACAGCAACCCAAUCCGCCAUCCAAGCCCUCGGCCGCAAAGCCACAAUCUACACCGCCGAUCUCUCCGACCCGGCCUCCGUCGCCUCCCUCGUACCCGCCAUCCUGAACGACAUCACCGAAAUCCGCAUCCUAGUAAACUGCGCCGGCAUCCAACGCCGACACCCCUCCCACCUCUUCCCCGACACCGACUUCCAACAAGUCCUCCAAGUCAACCUUUCCAGCGUCUUCACCCUCUGCCGGGACGUCGGCGCCCACAUGCUGAACCUGGAACCCUCCCCCGUGACAGGCCGCAGGGGAUCCAUCAUCAACUUCGCUUCUCUGUUGACUUUCCAAGGCGGGUUGACGGUCCCCGCGUAUGCGGCGUCCAAGGGGGCCGUGGGCCAGUUGACCAAGAGUUUGGCGAAUGAGUGGACGGCGAAGGGGGUGACGGUGAAUGCGAUUGCGCCGGGGUAUGUUGAGACGGAGAUGAAUACGGCUUUAUUGAAUGAUCCGGAGCGGUUGGCGAGUAUUAGUGCGAGGAUACCCGCCGGGAGGUGGGGCAACCCUGAGGACUUCAAGGGUACGGCAGUGUACCUGGCUAGCAAGGCGAGCGCCUAUGUGAGCGGACACGUACUGGUGGUGGACGGUGGGUGGAUGGGACGGUGA